GUUUAGGAGGGAGGGAUGGGGCAGCGGCUGUCCCUUUCUGAUAACCUAAUCAGCCGAAUAAGAGAGACCUUUGGGCUUGUGAAGAGCAAACUGCAGGGAUAUGAGGCUCAGUGCAGGCUGAGAAGGGCACAGAGCACACAGCUGGCACUAGGAGGUGCAGUUGCCAUGGGCAGUAUCAGCAAGGAGCACAGUAUUGGCACAGAUGGUCGCCAGCUGCAUGAUCGCCGCUUAAGCCUCAAGAAUACAACUUCCAAUGACUUCAAAGCAGUGAAGAGGGAUUAUGACCAUAGGGUGUUUGUGAACCGUAGCCUGGCCUUGGAGAAAAUCAAAUGUUAUGGCUUCGAUAUGGACUAUACUCUGGCAAUGUAUUCUUCCCCUGCCCAUGAAGAACUGGGGUUUGAGCUAUUGCUGGAUCGACUUGUCAGCAUUGGAUACCCACACGAGAUCCUGGAGUAUAAAUAUGAUCCCUCCUUCCCCACCAGGGGUCUGGUGUUUGACAACCUCUUUGGGAACCUGCUAAAAGUUGACUCUAAUGGGAAUAUUCUUGUCUGCACUCAUGGCUUUCACUUCUUAAAAGGGCCAGAAAUCUGGAAAUUUUAUCCUAAUAAAAUGAUCCAAAGGGAUGAUACCAGGAGAUUCCAUGUUCUCAACACACUCUUUAACCUUUCCGAAACAUAUCUUUAUGCCUGCCUAGUGGAUUUUUUCACCAACUGCUCGCGAUACUUAACCUGUGACACUGGCUACCGACAUGGCAACUUAUUUAUGUCCUUUAGGAGCAUUCACCAAGAUGUGAGGGACGCAAUGGACUUCAUGCAUGACUCGGGCUGCUUAAAGGAGAAAACUCUAAAAGAUUUGGAGAAAUAUGUAAUAAAAGAUCCACGCACACCAGUUUUGCUCACCCGAAUGAGGGAAGUGGGAAAAGUCUUUCUGGCCACAAACAGUGAUUAUAACUACACAGAUGCUAUUAUGACUUACCUGUUUGAUGAUGGCCAGGAUCCAGACAAAGACAUGGACACCCCCAAGAAAUCCUGGCGCUCUUAUUUUGACUUAAUUGUCGUGGAUACCAGGAAGCCACUCUUUUUUGCAGAAGGAACUGUUCUACGGCAAGUCAACACCGACAAUGGAAAGCUGAGGAUUGGAACAUAUACCGGCCCACACCAGCACUGUGCAGUGUACUCAGGAGGCUCCUCUGACAUUGUGUGCGAUCUACUUGGGGUGAAAGGGAAAGAAAUCCUGUACGUGGGGGAUCACAUAUUUGGGGACAUCCUGAAGUCUAAGAAAAAGCAAGGAUGGCGGACCUUUCUGGUGGUACCUGAACUUGCCAAGGAACUCACUGUCUGGGCUCACAAAAGUGAACUUUUUGAUGAACUGAAAAACCUGGAUGUGGUUUUGGCUCACUCGUACCAGCACAUGGACAGCAGCAGCAACAAGCCUCCUGAUAUUAGCGCCAUUCAGAAGCAGAUCCAGAGGGUAACGCACGAGAUGGAUAUGUGCCAUGGGAAGAUGGGCAGUCUGUUCCGCUGUGGCUCCAGGCAGACACUCUUCUCCAGUCAGCUGAUACGAUACGCUGAUAUCUACGCCGCCUCCUUUGUGAACCUAAUGUACUACCCCUUUAGCUACUUGUUCCAGGCACACCCUGUACUGAUGCCACAUGAGUCCACAGUGGAACAAGUGAGCGCAGAUGGAGAAGGUGAAAGCAAAGAACAGCUUUACUUCUAUGGGAAACAGAGGCUAAAACAACUGACACACGACUCGAGUGAAGAGGACAACUGAAGCCGCAUAUUUUCCAGAAAUGCCAGAACUCUAUUUACUCAGCACCCUGGGUUGACGCCUGCAAGAUGGGCCAGACCAAGUAGAUUACAGGGUCUAUGAACCUAUUCCGUUUCUUUUUUUUCUCUCAAUAGGAAGACAAAGGGUAUUUAUGUUUCUCAUCACCAACUGCCUUUACGGAGCCUCUGGCAUUUAUAUUAUUCUGCAUUGUAUUCCAAUGGUACAGGCCUCUCAGAUUUCCCAGCUUUGGAGCUCCCACUGGGUAUAUGGGCAGUAAGGACUAACUUUUCAUAGCAGGUACUCGGAUUAUGAUCAAGUCAGGUGCCCAACGCCAUCUACAUUUUAUACAUAGAAGUAUUAUUAUUAAGGUUACACCCUUAAGGUUAAUAUUGUCAUGUGAUGCAGCUUGUCUUUGAAAUGCACCAAUAGACAAAGUUUAAUUUAUGUUAAAUUACAUGUGCUGGUUUUUGACAGGUGGAGAGAGUUUUUCAUUUAUCAUUCCAGAUAUGCAGCCAAAAUAAUAUAGGACUGAGAAAGUUGUUCCAGCUGGGUGUACAUUAGUUGCAGUGUGGUAUCUGUCUGCCAAUUUUCCUGCGCCAUAGUCAGAGUGCAAAACCAUUGUGCACACGUAGCCACCAUGAGCACAAGAAUAAUGGUCUGUAUCAGGAUACAGUGGCCAAGGUACAGAUAGAAUUGUAUGAAACAAAGUAUUCCAACAUCCUGCCUGAUUUCUGCGUAGUAUGGAUAUUGGCUGCUUAGUCAAUCAGGCACAUUGGAAAGUUUAAUGUGUAAUUUAGAAUAGUUUUAGUAAUUUUAUUAGUUGUAAAAAGCUUGGUGAGUUUUCCCCCUAGGGAACUGUAGCUUCAGUUCCCUGUAAUAAAAUAGCUGUAGCAUUUUUGCAAAUUCUCCAUCUACAUGGAGUGCCUUAUCUGCUUACGUACCAUGUUUGGUAAAUUUCUGCCUCCAACUUAUAUAAACUAAAAGCCAUAAGGCACAAUAAAUAUAAAGCAGGCUAUCUUAAAGAAUUCAUUUUAGUUCAACUUGAUGAAAUAUAUUUGAAGUUGGUAAAGGUUUGUGCUUCUAGAAUUCUAUACCCACAGAUAGUUCCUUCUACGCCAGUGAAAUGGGCAAAAUAUAUAUCCCAUUCAUAGUUUAUAACAGGAAAUUGGAAACAUUUUGUUCAAAAAUAAAAUAUUCAAUGAUAUAUUGCAGUUCUCUUCUCCCACUCAAGUGCACCUCUAUGCCUUUUACCUUCUUCAGCAAGAAUUCCUAUAUCACUUGCCAAGCUUGGACCUUUACCACUAAACAAUCCCAAGUGCAUCUUCAGGGCUUGUAUUUGUAACAAAUUCAAGCGCAUUUCUUAAGCCUUUACCUUCCUUAACAGCAAUUACAAGUGUGCCUCCCAAGCUUGUAUCUCUAGCAACCAUUCUAAAUGCACCUCCCUAGCUUGUACCUUUUUCCAGCAACAAUCCCAAUAACAUCUUCAGCUUGUACUUUUUCCACCCAAGAAUUGCAUACCACCCAAGCUUUUUAAUUCUCAUAAGGCAGUACACAGGCUGUACCAUCUUUAGGAUCAAAUCCCAAGUACAGCAACCACAGGUUUUGCUUUCUUUAGCAAUAAUACCUAACUCUUAACUGCACCAACUGCAUGCGCCAUCGCCGCUUAAAGCUUUUCUACAAAGGCACAAUAAAUAAACCUGCAGCACCAACAAAUCCGCUGAUACCUCUUAUUACUUGCAGAUGAUUCUGCAAUGGAUUUAAAAGGUAUAGUUCACCUUCAAGUUUACUUUUUGCAUGAUAUAGAUGUUGGUAUUUUAAAGACAUUCUGUAUUUGUCUUCAAUUUAAAGGAGACAUUUUAGAUACAUGGAAAAAACCCUAAUUUUGUAGGCAAUAAUGAAUAAUAUAUGGUGCU